GGAGAGAGAGAAAGAGAGAGAGAUAGUCAGAUAGAGUGAGACGACUUCGGCCAACACAUCACAUGGCGAAUGGAAAUGGCAGCAUGAUCGCCAAAUCUUGGAGUCUCGGUAGGUCGGAGGGGGAAAUCCUUUAUAAUUCCGGGUUGCCUUGAGCUCAAAAACCCUAAAAGAAUAGAGCAAAUGGCGUGGCAAAUUUGGAAUCGGCUUCAUUAGAAGAAGGAUACUUCGAUUCUUUCUGACUCUCCUCCACAUUGCUGAGAUCCCCUACCUUCCGAUCUAUUGUUCCGUUGAUUUGAGUGUCGGAGGUAAGUGCUGAUAUAUGCUUUGAGCUGAAUUCAUCUUUGACUGGGCUUAUGAGUUGCUCUUGCUUAGUUAAGUAAUUUUGGUGCACGAAUGGCGGAAACUUGUGUUGGUCCAAGUGAACUUCAUUUGAAGAAGGAGCUUACUGCCCUGCAAAGGGCUCGGUUCUUACGUGACCCUGAAACAUGUUCUUCUUGGAAGUCUCCUGUUAGCUCUAGAUCAUAUAUUGCUACUUCCAAUUUAAACUCUAGAAUUCAAAUAGUAAGUGGUAUAAAUAGAAAAAACAGUAAAGGUUUUGAAGAAAAGAGUAACAAGGUAUAUCUUUAUAAUUGGAAGCAUCCGUCUAGUAAAUGCAUUGGUGGUGGAGUAAAAGUUGAAGAAAAUCAACUAUCAGUUAUGGAAUCUUCAGAAGACAACUUAAGUAAUCAUCAUCUUUUGGAUUCUUUUGGUGAUUCAUAUCCUGAAGUUCCUGCAAGCAUAUAUAAACUCCCAGGCACAGAUUCAGAAACUCUAAAUAGUAGAAUUGAUAUAACCUCAAGAAGUUCCAAAGCAAAAAAAGGCAGGGUUAAUCAUGCAGCAAUCUCAACUUUACUAGAUACAGGGAACUCAGGUGAGAAAUCUGAUGAUACUGACAACUACAAGUCCAAAGAUUUACAAUUGAACCAUGAGCUAUCCCAAAGGAGUGAUUGCCCAUCUCACUCUGCUUCGCCAUUAUUCAGUGAUUCUGGUUAUGGUACUGUGUCUUGUUCCUCCAAAAUCUUUAGAAUGAUGCAAAGGCAAGGAUCUUCAUCAUGUACUCCAGCGUCAACCAACUCUUACUACAAAUUUGGUGCUCAAAAUUCUAGCAUGGCUGAUCCUUGUGAAGGCACAGUUGCUUCUUUUGAUGGGGAUGAACUGGAUCAUCCAGAUUUGCCUAAUGGUCAAGGGUGUGGCAUGAGUUGCUACUGGUCAAAAAGAACUAAAUACAGAGGAACUGGAAGCCUUAAUUCUCCUUCACUGUCAGACACUUUAAAAAGAAAAGGCAGUAGCAUUCUAUAUAGAAGCCAUUCAUUGUAUAAUAAGAGAUCCUCCAGUUAUAGAAAGCCAAAGCCUACAUCAAAAUGUUCUCAAGGUUUACCUUUAUUAAAUAAUAGCUGUGAUGGUGGUAGUUCCUCCUUAGAUACAUCUAGUGAUAAGUUGUCAACUAACAUUGGGGAGCUUGAUUUAGAGGCUGUAAGCCGAUUAGAUGGAAGGCGAUGGUCUACCUGUAAAAGCCAAGAUAUGCCAGAACUGACCAGAGUCACCCGACUUGCAGAACCUGACUUGCUGAUUGAAGAGAAGAGAAGCUUAAGUCAUAAGUACGAGCCAAGAUCCUUUGAUGAAAUUAUAGGCCAAAACAUUGUCAUUCAGUCGCUUAGCAAUGCCAUUUUAAGGGGGAGAAGAAUAGCUCCUGCCUAUCUAUUUCAGGGUCCUCGUGGAACAGGAAAAACUUCAGUCGCAAGAGUAUUUACAGCAGCUUUGAAUUGUUUGUCUAAUGAAGAAAAGAAACCAUGUUGGUUAUGUUGGGAGUGCAUUGCCUUUUCCAGCAGAAACAGAACAACUAUGGUUGAAGUGAAUGCGACAAGUAAGAAGGGCCUAGAUAAACUUAGACAUUCUUUGAAAAAUCUCACAUUAUCUAUGCCAACUUCUCGAUAUAAGGUCUUCAUUAUUGAUGAUUGCCACAUCAUUUCUCAAAAGAUUUGGUCUUUGUUUAUGAAGUAUCUUGAUGAACCAAUACCUCGUGUAGUCUUCAUAUUUAUCACAAGUGACCCAGCUAAUUUGCCUCACUCUGCUAUAUCCAGAUGUCAAAAGUACAAUUUUUCAAAAGCCAAAGAGGUUGACAUAAUCAGAAGAUUGAGAAGCAUCUCUGAACAAGAGCACCUUGAUGUUGAUUCAGAUGCUAUAGAUUUAAUUGCUUUAAAUUCAAAUGGUUCACCAAGAGAUGCAGAAUCAAUGCUGGAGCAACUGAGCUUACUAGGAAAAAGAAUAACAACUACACUUGUAAAUGAUCUUGUUGGAGUUGUUUCUGAUGAUAAAUUACUCGAUCUCCUGGAGAUAGCUAUGUCAUCAGACAAUGCUGAAACUGUUAAAAGAUCGAGAGAGUUGUUGGACUCUGGUGUCGAUCCAAUUGCUUUGAUGUCCCAAUUAGCUGGUCUUAUAGUGGACAUCAUUGCUGGUACUUAUGAGUUAACCAGCUUGCAAAUUCAUGAUACAGCUCUUGGGAAGCGCAGUUUGACCGAAGCUGAGUUAGACAGAUUAAAACAGGCUUUGAAAAUUCUUUCAGAUGCUGAAAGGCAACUACGGCAUUCUUGUGAGCGUUCAACUUGGUUCACAGCAGCUCUGCUUCAGCUUGGAGCCAGUCAGUAUUUAGAAAACACUCAAUCGUGCAACAACAGCAAACAAAGUACAAGAUGUUCUGAUGGCAUGGUGUCUGGCACUGUCUAUAACUCCAGAUUCUGCAAGGACAGGAGAUCCAUUGAUAAUUCCUUAAUUGAUAACAUUCAAGCAAAUAGCCCAACAAUUGCGAAGGUGUACACAUGUGCAACCCAAGAUGAGCUAGGCCUGGUAUGGAGGAGAUGUAUUGAUCAUUGUCAUUCUAGGACAUUGAGACAAUUGCUACAUAACCAUGGAAGGCUAGUAUCAAUUACUGAAAAUGAAGGAACCUUGGUUGUCCUCAUAUUGUUUGAGAAUGAUAAGAUAAAGACCAGAGCAGAGAGAUUUUUAAGCAGUAUCACAAACUCAUUCGAGAUAGUCUUGGCUGAAAAUGUCAAAGUCAGGAUGGGUCUUCUACCAAAAAAUGUUAUCGAUGCUUUUUCAGAAUCUCCCACAGGCAAUUCAACACAAAAGGCUUGCAGCAAUAAGGUAGAAUUAGGUACUUUAAGGGGUCCUUCCAAUAAAGGUAGGCUCAUAGGAACAUCUUACUUGUCAGCAAAUACUAUGAAUCACUCAGAUGUAAUGCAGCAAGCAGCAGAAAAACUGGAGACCACAGAGGGCUUCCUAGUUCCAACUGAAGGAAAAUAUAGAUCGACACAAAGAUCUCAGAAAGCAAUCAUGGAUGAGCAAAGAUUAGAAAGUGCCUGGCUUCAAGCUGCAGAAAAGUACACUCCUAAAUAUAUAAAUCAAUUGAAACCAGAGAAUAACCAAGUUUGGCCGCCGCAAAAUAGUGUCACUUAUCAGAAUGAUAUCCAGACGCUUAUCGCACUUGAAGCCACGUCAAAAAAUAGGAUUGAUGAACUAGAUCAUGAAAUCCAGGCUUUGAAAAUAUGUGAAACUGAGGACUGCCACAAUGAACAAACAAAGGGUGCCAAUCAGUAUCCCUUUUCUCCAAGCCUGUUGCACCAAGGGAACCAGGAUUACAAAUCAGGACCUGGAUGCAAUGGAUUCCUAUGUUGGAAAACAAGAAAAAACAACAGCAAAAAGGUAAAACAAGGAGUUCCAGAUAAAUCGAAAAAGAUCAAUGGUUGCCUUUCAUUGUUUGGACAGUGCGGGGAGCUGAAUUUGAUACAAAACAAAACUGCCUAAUAAGAUCAUUAAAACAAAUCCUGGAUGUGUUUCUUAUUCUUGAGUGAAUUAAUACUCAAAAUCUUAAGUUCGAACUAGUUUAAUGAAUAGCAAGUUCCAAACAAACUCAAGCUUGUGCACAAACUGUAUUAUUUCAAAAUUAAUUUCUAAUUUUAAACCAAUUUAGAUUCAUGGAGUAGUUUUGAUAUA